AUGUCAGACAAUCAAAUUAUUGAAGAUAUGAAGGUCAUUGUGGCCGAAAAACUGAGUACGCUACAAAAUUUCAGUGAAGAUGUCAAAUACGUUGCUGAAUAUAUUGUAUUGUUAAUGUCCAAUGGUGGUUCUAUCGAGUCUAUUGUCCAAGAGUUAACUACUCUGUUUGAUACAGUUUCUUCCGAAGCUUUAACCGACGUUGUUCAGACUUCAUUCUUUGCUUUAGAGGCUUUACAACAAGGUGAAACUGUUACUAAUAUUGUUAGUAAGAUUAGAAGUGUUGCUGGUGCAUCAGCGCAACUUACUCCAACCCCUGAAGCUUCUUCUGCUCAACAACAACCACAACAGCUACAACAACCACAACAACCACAACAACCACAACAACCACAACAGCCACAACAGCCACAACAGCCACAACAGCCACAACAACCUAAUAACGUAGAAGUUCCUUUAACUAGUUUUAGUGCGUUCCCUUCCGCUGAACAACCUAAUCCUUCUGAUACCAAUGAAGUCCAACAACAAAACGAAGCUCCAGUAUCUGCAUUUGCCAACAUUCUUCCAGCUGGCCCAUCAGGUAACGAUGAUGUUAAUAUGGAAAUCAUAAGCACCGGCUAUCAACCUCGUUUCAAGGAUCGUGAUAAUGGAGUGGCCAAACGUGGUCGUAACAAUCGUGGUGGCCGUGGUGCCUCCAGAGGUGGCUCCAGGGGUGCUAGGAACAAUAAUGUCACCAGGUUCAACCCUCUAGCUAAAGCUUUGGGUAUGGGUGCUGACGGCACUAUUAAUGUUGUUCAUCACAAGAAGGAAGGACGUUGUAAAUUAUUCCCUCGUUGUCCAUUAGGUAGAUCAUGCCCUCAUGCACAUCCAACAAAAGUAUGUAAUGAAUAUCCAAACUGUCCAAAACCUAUGGGAACAUGUGAAUACUUACAUCCAAACGAAGAUGAGGAAUUGAUGAGAGAAAUCGAAAGAACCCGUGAAGAAUUCCAAAAGAGAAAAGAAGCUUUAAUUGCUGCUAGAACUAAACCAGUCCAGACUGGUAUUGUUCUAUGUAAAUUUGGUAUUUUAUGUUCAAAUCCAUUAUGUCCUUUUGGUCACCCAACUCCAGCUAAUGAAGAUGCCAAAGUUAUCGACAUUAUGUGGUGUCCAAACAAUUUGAAGUGUGAAGAUCCAUCCUGUACCAAGGCCCACUCCUCACUAUCUAAAAUUAAGAAUGUCCCAACGAUGUCUACCCAAAAACCUACAAUGGCUCCUUCUCGUCCUCCUGUUGAAAAAUCAUUAGAGCAAUGUAAAUAUGGUACAAAUUGUACCAACAAACGUUGUAAAUUCAGACAUGCCCGUUCUCAUGUAAUGUGUCGUGAAGGUGCAGCCUGUACAAGAAUGGAUUGUUUCUUUGGUCAUCCAAUCCAUGAAGAUUGUAGGUUUGGUGUCGAUUGUAAAAACCCACAUUGUUUAUUCAGACAUCCAGAAGGGAGAGUGAUUGGUGAAAGAAAGCCUGAAUCGGUUGGAUCUCAAAUGCAACAAUUAGCAGCCACUUCAGAAAGCUUUACUCCUGGCCAACCUGUUAUGUUUGGCACAAGCGAGAGACAAUUUGCAUUGCCAGAAACUGCUGAUAUAAAACCAGCACCUGCACAAGAAGGGUUAAUUUCUAUGCAUGCUACUAAUGACCAAGAUACUGACAUGAAUUGA